AUGUUUUUACUAAUCAUACUUGUCAGCUAUAUCCUGGGUUGUAUAUCAACAAUUGCUUUAUUAUUAUAUUUAUAUACACGCUAUGCAUUUUCAUCACCAGUAACAUUUAAUGAACAAGAAGAAGAACAGUAUCAAACAUUUCAUCCAUUACCUGAAAAUGAACAAGCUAAAAAUUCAGCUGUUGAUGGUGUUAAUUAUUUAUUUCAAUUUUUGUUUCAAGAACUAAAAGAUAGUUCAGGAUUAAGACGUUAUAUAAUGCAUAAAUUAAAUAUAGAAUUUAAUGAAUUAAAAAAUAGUCGAACAGGAAAAAUUUUUCUUCAAAAUAUUGCUAUACAAAGUUUUUCAAUUGGAAAAGAAUGUCCAGUGUUAAGCGAUAUUCAACUUGAACGGCAAGAACGUGAUGAACGUAAUUUGAUUAAAAAAUUUGUUGCUAAUAUUGAUGCUGAUUAUAAAGAUGGAUUUUCUGUUACACUUGAUGUAACAUUAUUAUUUGGUCAUAAAUGUCAAUUAUUUAUUAAAGUUAAACGUAUUCAAGGACGUUUACGUUUAGAAUUUCGACGUGAACCAUUUUGUCAUUGGUUAUUAGUUUUCCAAGAUGAGCCAUUUAUUGAUUUUCAUGUUAAAUCUUAUUUUGCUGCUGGUGAAAGUCCACAAGUAGCACAAAUUAUUACUCAACAAUUACGUCGUGCUAUGAAACGUAAACAAACAUGGCCAAGUUAUAAAAUUCGUUAUACACCAUUUUUUGCUACAUCAGAACAAUCUUUACCAAUUGAAAUUUUAUCUGCUAAUGGAAAUAAUCUUAUACCGGGUACAUUUAAUGUAUUAAUUAAACAUUGUGAUCGUCUUUCAAUUCCAUUAAGAAUAUUUGAUAAACAAAAAAUUUCAUUUGUAUCAGUAUUUUUAACAGUAAAUAUUAAUGAACAAAUGUGUGCAGAUUAUUUACAUAUAGAACGUCAACAAUGGCCAAUGAAAGAAAUUGAACUCACACGUAAUAUACAUAAAAUAAUUGCUAAACAAGUUAUUUAUAUGGAUCGAACAGAAUUAUUAAUUGAAAACAUUGAUCCAAUACCAAAUGGAAUUGAAAAUGUAGCAGCAUUUAAAGCAGCAUUAGAAGAUAAAAAUAUGUUUUUACUUCAAAUACAAGGACACGAUGUUAAAACACUUAAACAAAUGAAUCGUUUAUUAAAAUUUAAACCAAUUGUUUCACCUAAUGAUGGAACAACAACAUCAACACCACCACCAACAACAACAAAUGCAUAUGAAGAUAAAAUAAAAAUUAUUGUUGGUAUGCCUUUAUUACAUAGUGUUCGAGUACAGUAUGCAGUCGAACGAUCAAAUAUAAUAGAAACAGAAAAACAGGGUGGAUAUUCGCCAACGUUGUCAAUACGUAAUGAUAUAUCUUCAACAUCAGCUAGUGUACGAAAAAGAUUUGCUGAACCAGCAAUAAAAUUUGAUAAAAAUAUCGACUCAAUUGGUUUAGAAAACAAACCAUUAGAUGAUGAUGAUGAUGAUGAACAAAUACAAAAUACUAAUAUGGAAGAUACUUCUAUCAAAUCAUCAAGUACGAAUACAACAAAAAAACCAAAACAACCAAAAAGUAUUGUAAAUGAGAUUACUUUAAUUAUGAUGAAUGCAGAUAUUUUACAAAAAUUUCAAGCUCAACCAACUCCUACUCAAAAAGCGGAACCGCACAUUGAAUUUAAUCAUAAAUUCAAUUUUCAAGUCGAUCCAAAUGAACGAUUUCUUAAUGUUUGUUUAUGGUGUAAACCACCGCUUGAUUGUGAUGUACCAAAUGCUGGCAAAAAACUUAUCCUGCUCGGUUAUGCUACAGUAGCUCUUUCAGAAGUAGUACUCGAUGCACAUAUGAGUUAUAAACGUGAAACUCAAACGACACUCAAUUUUCGAUCACCUUAUUCAGAAAGUUCUAGUUUAAGUGCUUCAUUGACAGAUUCGGAAAGUAAAAAACUACUCGAAUUAGCUACUCAUAAAGGUUAUGAUGAUAACUUGGCUCAUGGUUUUGUAACAAUAAAUAUCGAACAUCAACCAGAAAUUGAAGCAGGAUUAAACCCACAGGAGAAAAAAGAUCAAUUUGCAGCUAAUACACCAACUUUAACUGCACUAUCUAAACGAAUCAAAGAAAAUGAAAAAAAACAAUCUCAAUUAAAAUAUAUAAAUGCUAUCAAUGCACAACAUGAAUUACCUACACGAAAACUUACGGAUCAUUUAUUUGAAGAUAAAGCAUUUACAGUUGCAACAGUAUGUGGUUAUUGUAAGAAAAAAAUUUGGAUGAAAAUUGGUCGUCAAUGUCGUGACUGUUUAAUAACAAUACAUAAAAAAUGUGAAGAUAAAUUUAAUGCUGAAACAACAUGUACACAUGAACCAACUCAUUUAAAAACUAAUCUAAUUUCUACGACACCCGAUGAUGAUAAUAAAGGUUUAGUUCAUAUUGAAUUAAAUGACGCUUCGAUUGCAGUAACAGAUGAUACUGAUCCAUCAUUGAUAAAAAAUAAUUAUGAAUUAGUACAAAAUCCAAUCCAUAAUCGAACAACAACAGCACUACCAACAACAGUACCACCAACAACAACACUACCAACAACAGCAUAUCGUUUAUCAACAAAAGCUGUAGCUGCUUUUUCUGUACUUGAUUCCACAGCACGUCGUUCAUUUCGUGCAUUUGGAAAUAGAAAUGCUAAUCCAACAACAACAACAACAAGUUUAGUUCCAGAUCUUACAGAAACAUCAGAGCUGUCAAAAAGUGAUGAAUCAUUAAAUACUCCUUCGACUACUGCACCAACAAGACCAACAAUACUACAUCAUUCCAUACAAACAUCUUCCAAAUUAGCAAAUGCUGCUUCAUCAGCGUAUAGUAAAUUUCGAGAAUUUAAAUCGAAACGAUUACCUCUUACUUCUGAAACUAAUCCUAUAAAACAAACUCGAGCAACACUAAAUUUAAAAUCUAAUGAAAAUAUUCCGGAAUCUGAUUUACGAGAUAUCAUUACAAAAUGUUUAUCUGAUGAAAGUAAUGAUAUUACAAGUCUUGAACAUUUACUUCAUGAAAGAGCUGUUGAUGAUACAGAACUUUAUGCUAAAGCACGUGAAUUUGGACAAGAAUUGUUUCCUGACUUAACACCUGAUGAACGAAAACAAAGACUUGAUAAUGAAAUUUCACGUUUACAACAAGAAAUUGAUUUACAAUGUCAAGUUCGUGAUGAAAUGACUCAUGAAUGCGAAAAUAGUUUGACCGAUGAAAAUGAAAAACGAAAACUUCGUACUAGAAUUGCUAAUAUUGAUGAAAAAGUUCAAGCAUUAGGAGCCUUGACUAUUCUCUAUUGUUCGGGUCUUAAACAUUGUUGUACACAAAUGGCAACACAAGAAAAUACGAAUAAUACGAACAAUGAAUUGAUUAAUGAAUUGUUGGAUGAAGAUGAAACUAAUGAUUUAGAUGAUUCUCAAUAUAAUAAUUCUGAAGAAUAG